CAGACUCGCUAUCAGCAGAGGCUACACGAGCAGCAGAGACAGCAAAGAAAGAGAGAGGGACGAUGAAGGUUGACGUGAUGGAGACGACGCUGGUGGCGCCGAGCGAGGACACGCCACGGCGGGAGCUGUGGCUGUCCAACCUCGAUCUCGCCGUGCCCAAGACGCACACGCCGCUCGUCUACUACUACCCGGCGUCGGAACUCGGCGCCGGCGUGGGACCGGAGGGCUCCUUCUUUGCGGCGGAGCGGCUGAAGGCGGCGCUGGCCAGGGCGCUGGUGCCAUUCUACCCGCUGGCCGGUCGGCUCGGCGUGGGUGAGGGCGGGCGCCUGCAGAUCGACUGCAACGCGGAGGGCGCGCUCUUCGUGGUCGCCCAGGCCGACUUUGCGGGCGACAAUGUCUUCCGGGACUACGAGCCGUCGCCGGAGGUCAGACGGAUGUUCGUGCCGUUCGUGCCCUCCGGCGACCCGCCCUGCGUCAUGGCCAUGUUCCAGGUGACGUUCCUCAAGUGCGGCGGCGUGGUGCUGGGCACGGGCAUCCACCACGUGGCCUUGGACGGCAUGGGCGCGUUCCACUUCAUCCAGACCUGGACCGGGGUGUCCCGUGGCCUCGGCACCGCCGAGGCCUGCGGCCCGCCGCCGUUCCACGAUCGGACGCUCCUCCGCGCGCGCUCCCCUCCGGCCCCCGCCUUCCACCACCCCGUCUACUCCCCGGCGCUGCUCAGCGGCCGGCCCCGUCCCUUCGUCACCCGCGUGUACUCCGUCUCCCCGAAGCUCCUCGCCGACCUCAAGUCCCGCUGCGCGCCCGGCGCGUCCACCUACUGUGCCGUCACCGCGCACCUCUGGCGCGCCAUGUGCGCCGCCCGCGGGCUCGCCCCGGGGGUCGACACCCGGCUCCGCGUGCCGGCCAACGUCCGCCACCGCCUCCGCCCGCCGCUGCCGCGGAGCUACUUCGGGAACGCCAUCGUGCGCGACCUCGUCACCGCCCGGGUGGAGGACGUGCUGGCGCGCCCGCUCGGGUUCGUGGCGCGGGCGAUCGGGGACGCCGUGGGACGCGUGGACGACGCCUACGCGCGCUCCGUGGUGGACUACUUGGAGGUGGAGUCCGAGAAGGGCGGCCAGGCGGCGCGCGGGCAGCUCAUGCCGGAGACGGACCUGUGGGUGGUCAGCUGGCUGGGGAUGCCCAUGUACGACGCGGACUUCGGAUGGAGCGCGCCGCGGUUCGUCGCGCCGGCGCAGAUGUUCGGCAGCGGCACAGCGUACGUGACGCAGCACGCCAGCAAGGACGACGACGGCAUCACCGUGCAGUUCGCGCUGGAGCCCGAGUACCUGCAGUGCUUCGAGAAGGUGUUCUACGGGGAGUGAGAUCACCUUUGUUGUCUUGUUAACGUGUGUUUGGGUUUGUACCGACUGUUCUGAGUGCUUAAUAUUUGAAUUUGGAGUUCGACGAUGUGCAUGCAUAGGGGCAGCUUUGUUGGAUCAAAGCUGUUUUUUUU